AUGAGUGGUUUGGAACGGACAGCCCAGUUUAUCGAGGAGCCGUCUUGGUGUGACUGUGCCCAAGUGAUCAAUCUACUGUCUUCCAGUCUGUUCCAAAGUCCACUACAAUGGAGCUACGGCACUAAUCCCACCCUGCGAAAACCCCACAUUGUCACUUCAUUUGUGGCUGGUGACAGCUGGGUUAAGGGGAAAGGGGGGGUCAGGUUUUCCGGAUGGCUCAUAAGGAAUUUCAACGUCUCAACUAAGAAACUACAUUUGCAGCCCCAGCCAUCUACAGUUCUACAGCAAUAUCGCCAGCGGCAAUUUAUGAGCGACUCUAGCACGGAGUCUACCGCAAAGAUGGCCGAGCCCGCAGGACGGAAUAAUACCUAUGACACAUGGGAAAAGGAUCGCCUCAUCUCACAUAUCCGCAAGUUGGAAAGCCAGCUACAACAACAGCCCAACGCCUCUGCUCCGUCGUCCACCUCCCUUCCGCCUGCCCCGACUUCCGCCGGCGACGUGCAGCCUCCGCCCGCGAAGAAGCGCAAAAAGGGAACCGAAAGGGUCGACCCGUCGCGCUACUCGACUCGCUUUAUCGCCUUGAAGCUGGCCUACCUCGGUAAAAACUACGGCGGCUUCGAGUACCAGCCCUCGUCCAACAUACCCACCAUCGAGUCGACGCUCUGGGCCGCCCUCACCAGGGCCUGUCUCGUCUUUCCCCGGGGUGGUGGCAGCGGCGAGGACGCGCCGGUCGACUUUGACAGUUGCGAGUACUCCAAAUGCGGGCGCACAGAUCGGGGCGUCAGCGCGUUCGGCCAGGUCAUCGCGCUGCGGGUCAGGAGUAACCGGCCGUUGCCUAAGCAACAGCGGGAGCCGCCCGAGGCACCGCAAGGCGAAGGACGUCCUGAGGGACAGCAGGAUGUCAGCAUGACGGAUGCGAGCGAGUCCAAGCCGGAAGAAGGCGCCCAGAGCCAGACACAGGCGGCGGUCGAGGAACCUCCCUGGGACGAUAGCAAGGAGCUAGACUAUUGUAAGAUUCUCAACCGGCUGCUGCCCAAGGACAUCCGCAUACUGGCAUGGUGCCCGUCGCCGCCGCCCGGGUUCUCGGCCCGCUUCUCGUGCAUCGAGAGGCAAUACCGCUAUUUCUUCACGCAGCCAGCCUUCAACCCCAUACCGGCGGCGCUCUUGCCCACAGCGACGGCGACGGCGACGGCGGAUUCCAAAAAGACGACCCCGCCGGCCGGAUGGCUCGACAUCGACGUCAUGAGGGAGGCCGCGCGGAGGUUCAUAGGACCCCACGACUUCCGCAACUUCUGCAAGGUGGACGGCAGCAAGCAGCUCACCAGUUUCGAGCGCGUCAUGUUCGACGCAGACAUCGUCGAAGUUCCGGGCGCGUCCUCGGCGCUCCCUUACCUUUCCGAGGCCGGCGUCAGCGUCGCGCCGGGCGAGCCCCUGCCCAAGGUGUACUCGUUUAACGUGCGCGGGUCGUCGUUCCUCUGGCACCAGAUCCGGCACAUGGUCGCCGUGCUCUUCCUCGUCGGACAGGGUUUGGAGCCGCCGUCUAUCGUCUCGGAACUGCUAGAUGUGGAACGGAACCCGCGUAAGCCGAGCUACCAGAUGGCGCACGAGGUGCCCCUCGUGCUCUGGGAUUGCCUGUUCAGGGAGGGCGACAAGGGCGACAAGGGUGACAAGGGCGACAGUGAGGGCGGUGGGUUGCGGUGGGUAUACGAAGCAGAAGAGAACCGGCACGCUUGGGGCGGGGUGCUGGACGCUCUCUGGGAGGAAUGGCGGGAGCGCAAGAUGGACGAGCUGCUGGCGAACAGGCUACUCGAUCACGUGAUGCGGCUAGGCUCUACUGCGGGAAAAGAGGAAGAAGGAAAUCAACCUCGCGUCAAGAACAGCAUGUUGCACAAGGUGUUCGCCGGCGGGGACAACGCCAGGAGAGCGGGGACUUUCAUGCCGCUGCUGGAACGGAGCAAGGCGCCGUCGCCAGAGGAGAUCAAUGACCGCUGGGCGCAGCGCAAGGGAUUCAAGUCGGCCGAGGCGAUGCGGAACGCGGGCGAUUGGCGGAACAUCAUCAAAGAGGAGAAAAAUAGCCGCCGUGCUGCGUCGCAAUUAGGAAAUGGCGAGGAGUAG